ACCAUACAACACACACAAUAAUCAAGGUACAAACACUUAUUGGAAAGAUAAAACUGGUAUGGCAACUGUGGUUAUGGACAACGGAACAUGGUUCUGUAAAGCUGGUUUUGCAGGAGAAGACAACCCAAAAACUGUGUUUCCUACCGUGGUGGGUGAACCGAGCCAAAAAGGCGUAGCAACUGGAAUGGAUCCGAAUUCUGUUUACAUUGGCUGUGAAGCAAGCAGAAAACAAGGACUCCUUACAGUUAGACAUCCAACUACAGAUGGUUUUAUAUCGGACUGGAAUUCUAUGGAAAAAAUAUUGCACCACACAUUCCAUGACGAACUCGGUAUUGCAACGAAGGAGCAUCCUAUUUUACUAACCGAGGCUCAGAUAAAUCCUAAAUGUCUCAGAGAAAGAAUGACCGCAAUGAUAUUCGAAGAUUUUGAUUUCCCUGCGAUGUAUAUUAAAGCAAAAGAAGUUCUUUCAUUAUAUUCUUCUGGGUGUAUUACUGGUGUGGCAUUGGACAUUGGUGACGGUAUAUCUUGCUCUAUACCUGCUUUUGAAGGUUAUGCAAUUCGCCAUGCCGUAAUGAGAUCGGGUAUUUUUGGGCGAGACCUAACUGAUUGCUUACAGCAAUCUCUCAAUAAUAGAGGUUAUUCUUUCUCUUCUGUUGCUGACAGAGAAAUCAUUCGUAAUAUUAAAGAAAAUUUAUGCUACGUUGCAUCCGAUUUUAAAAAAAAAAUGGAAAUGUUUUCGACCGAAGUAUCCUCUUUAGAAAAGAAAUUUGAACUUCCAGAUGGAAAAGUUGUAAAAAUCGGCAGUGAACAAAUUCGAUGUGUGGAGCCCUUGUUUCAAUCAUCCAUAAUUGGAAUGGACUUCUAUCCAGGACUUCAUGAAACAUUAAAUGAUAGUAUUAUGAAAUGUGUUGGUGAUCUUCAUAAAGAUCUCUAUGGAAAUAUUGUCUUAUGUGGCGAGUCAUCUCGUACUUCAGGGAUAACUGAACGAAUGCAAAGUGAGAUUACUAAACUUGCACCCCUCAUUAAGAAAAUAAAAGUAAAAACUCCACCCGAUAUAAAGAAUUCAGCAUGGGUUGGCGGUUCUAUCCUUGCUUCUUUGCCAACUUUUCAACAAAUGUGCAUCACUAAAGAGGAAUAUGAUGAGAUUGGUCCGACAAUUGUGAACAAAAAAUGUGUUUAAACUCGUCAUUUUUAUGUAGGCAAGAUAACUGAAUGAAAUAAAUUCAAAUUAUCUUUUGUUUAUCAGUGGCACGAAGCUGCUGUAGAUUCUUAAUUCAUGUUUUGUUUGCAUAGAAUAACGAUUUCAAAUAUAUUAACAUUAUAUUACAUUAACAGUUUUGACUUCUCAAGUUUUCAAUCAACCAUUCUAUACAUUGGAUGAAAUUGCUUGCUAUGAUAUAUAUUACGAAGGCCAGAAAGGGAAUUACCCAAUAUAUCUUGCAUGGUAUAUAUAGAUAUAUUAAUAUUGCGUAUAGCCUAACUACUUUUCAUCGUGUAAACCGAAAAAGCAGAUACAAUUGAUAUUGCACGGUUAUUGUUCUCAGUCAAUAUGCUUCUUUCAAUACGAUAUAUCCUUAUAUCGACCUCAUACAAAAGCUUAAAUUGUACAGCAUCUCGUUACAAUAAAUCGAUAGAAGUCUAUAAAAGACAUCACAAUAGGUAGAAUAAAAGACUUCCUACUUAAAUGUUCAUCUUUAGAAAGUGAGAGAGCAGGGCCGUAACUACAUUGAGGCAAAUGAGGCAAAUGCCUCAUGUUGAAAUUUCGAGAAAAAAAAAUGAUUAGUUGAAACAAAAGCUUGUCGUCAUAUCAAAUUGUUUUCACAGCGAGUGUCUUGCAAGAAGCAAGUUCUGUUCACCAUCUUACGUCGUCCCCUGUUUUUCGGGAUCCAUGUUCCUCAUUUAUUUUUAGUUUUCAGUGUUGAUGGUCUAUUGUUUGUCGUUAUGUGUCUUAUUUGUUACCGGGUUUGUCUUAUGUUCGUUUAUUGCCCUUCUUUAUGACUAUUGUCUUAGUGUUGAAUUUCAUUUGUAUAUUUAAUUUAGUAAUUUUGUUUUAAACUUGAGUUUUAUUAUUUUUAAGGACCUUUUGUCUAAUUUUAAAACCUACUUUAAAUUGUAAAACUAUUUGAAAUUAGCUCUCAAUUUUUUGUUCUAAGGUGGCGUUAAGCGGACACCAAUCAAUCAAUCAAUCAAUCAAUCUUUAUGACUAACGCUUCAGUUGUCCAAUAUUAAGCUGUUGUUGAUUUCUUCUCGUAACAUGUGUAUGUUGUAAACGUUCAUUCUCUGCUUUAAGUAGACUUAAGACUUGGAAAAGAUAAACGAUGACGGGUGAAAUGUUGUGUGGUUUGGCAAUGUUGCAUGUCCAUCAGAUAUUGAUCGAAAAAAUGGUUUGAGAAGAUUCCAUGGUACCGGACAUAGAAAAAUAGGUCGUUUUUUUUCAUGGAAAAUUAAACUUUAUAUUAAAAAAUACAAGACUGGCUCUCUUUUCUGUAAAUAAAACUCAUUGAAAAAGCUGACAUGGGUUAAAUUAAAGUGGGCCAACCAAUCUCCCGGAAUCAAAUCAUUUAAAAAGAAAAAUCAUGUAUUGCCAUACGACCUUUUACAUUGAAGGCUAAACUUGCAUUUAGCCGUGUUUAGGCCCUUAAAUAGAAAGUAAAGGGAUAUGGAGUAAAUGUGCAUGGGACAAAAUCGCACACACUACAUAGAAAAAGUACAAAUUAUCAAUGAACAGGGUUUUUAUUUCUGUUCUUCAUCUUGCCAGUCGCUUGAUGGUCUUCAACAAUGAAAGAAUCAUUCAUACCCUACAACAAGAUCAAGACGGUCCCUAGCGUCAACUUAAGUGGUACUUAAAGUAUUGUACUGUGAAUAAAUUUCAAAGUCACAAAAAAAUACACCAAAGUCUAAACACAAUACAAGACCAGAACAGACAGAUCCGACAUUAUCAGCCGGUAUAAAAUGUAGCAAUGAGGUCUAAGAACAGUUUUCCCGAGACUACCCUGAGUGUACCCUUUUAUCCCAGUUAGCAACUACAUCAAGUUGUAAUUGAAAUGCGUUAUAAAAUGUGAAUUCACAUAGUUAAAUAAAUGAUAAUCAGCCCCCUCUUAACUCUUAAAAAAAAAAUUGACAGGUACAAUAAGUUUUCUGCAAGCCGAAACUCAAUCAAAAAAAAAAAAAAAAAAAAAAAAACA